CAAUAGAAAGGUGUAGAACACUCGAGGAAUCGUCAAAUUUUGCUGCGAAAUAUCUAAUUGGAACUCUUAAAUAUAAAGGAGAAGCUUGUGCAAAAAUCGACAUGGCUAAGAUCUCUUUGCUGAACAUGUUUGAUGACUUAGUUCGCACAUCAGAUGUUUUAACAGCCGGUAUAGAGAAAGAAUUUAUAGCGUUCGUUUCCCAUCAAGAGAAUUGUCGUCAACAGUGGUGUUUAGAACAAGAUGAAAUCACGAAACUUAGGAAAGAAAACGCAAAAUUAAGGGUUGAUAAUGAAGCUUUGCAAGUAAAGUUAAAACAUGCAAGGAAUGAACAAGUGACAGAACAAAAAAAGCGACAAAAGGCUGAAAGUGCCCAGCAACAUUUGGAAAGUCAAGUUGCUUUAAUUAAAGAGUUAUUAAAGGAUGAAGAUGCUAGAAACCGACUAAAAGAUAAUGAAGUAAAACUGUUGACACAAAUUAGUCACUCCCAAUAUGAAACUACAAGAAGCAGCCCUGUGAAGAGACCUCGUGAGCCAGAUGCAUCUCAUUUAUCACCAACAUAUUCAGACAUUGAUUACACAGAUGAUGAUUUGACUACUACAAUGAAUAAACUUGGUGAGCAUGAGGUAGAAGAAGAGGAGACUCCGCCAAAGAGGCUAAGAAAAAGUUAUUCAGCAGCAGAUGCCAUGAUGCCAGCCAGCGAAGUAAAAACACCACCGGCUCCGAACAACGGGAUGUCCAAGGCGACGAGCGCCGUGUACCUGAAACCGUUGGAAAACCAGCUAACGGAGAGACCGCCUUCCGGGAGCAAACCACAACACCAGCAAGUCACGAGGCUGUCUCAUAACACAGGUAACAACCGAACACCAAAUACGCGCUCUGGAUCACCAGUAUGUUCCCAAACUCCAUCUGAUGUAAGAUCAAGCGGAAAGAAGCCCAAGAGCCAUGACUUUGUGUCGAAAACAGUUUUAAAGCCAGAGUCUUGCAAACCUUGUGGAAAACUGAUACGAUUCGCUAAAAUGGCGCUCAAAUGUCGUGAUUGCCGAGCAAUAUGUCACACAGACUGUAAGAAAUUGGUACCGGUUCCAUGCAUUCCCGUAAAACGCACACCCAACUCCGCAAGAAAACCAGUUGAAGAAAACAUCGAGUUUUAUGCACCAACCGUCAGCCCGAGAAUUCCCGCGUUAGUGCUUCGUUGCAUACAAGAACUCGAACGCCGUGGGCUAAAUCAAGUUGGACUUUAUAGAGUUCCUGGGACUGAAACGCGAAUCCGCGAGUUGAAAGCAGAAUUUUUGAAAGGAAAAGGUUCUCCGGAUUUGACAAAAGAAGGCGAUGAGAAUGUAAUAUGUGGCAUCUUGAAAUCAUUCCUUAAGCAGCUAUCGGAACCGCUGCUAACGUUUGCGCUACACAAACGAUUUUUGGAAGCUGCCGAAAAAACAGACGAUGACGAUGCCUUGAUCUUCCAAGCUGUCAGUGAACUACCAACAGCCAACAGAGAUACACUUGCUUAUCUCAUGAUUCACUUACAAAAAGUUGCCCAAAGUCGUGAAUGCAAAAUGCCCGUUGCAAAUAUCGCAAAGGUAUUUGCACCAACAUUGGUCGGUUACAGUAGUCCUCACCCUGAACCGGUGCAAAUGUUAAGCGAAGCCAAAAUUCAACCGAAGAUUGUGGAAAAGUUACUUUUAAUGCCAGCAGAUUACUGGAAUCAAUUUCUUCACGUCCAAGAGGAGAAUAUUAGAUCGCCUCCUUUUAAUCCAAACACCCACAACAUCGAUGGAACACCGAAAACGCCGCAGGGAGUGUGCGGUCCUAGUGCUAGCAUGCUGGGUCCGGCUGGAAGCGAGGGAACCCCGAACGCCAAAUCAAUAAAGAAAAAAGGCAGCUUUCUUGGCCGAACACCUCUCACUCCAAGAUUUGGCAGCAAAAGCAAGCGUGCUAAUAAGAGACCUCAUCAUUUCUUCGACUCGCCAAUGUUGAAGUAGUAAAAGAAUCAAUUCGAAGCGAUCAGUGGAAUGCGAUGCGGAAUGAAAUUUGUCGUUCAAGAAGAGGUCUACUUGUUAGAUAAAUGUUUUUUAAUUUAAUGUUCAGCUGCGUGUUAAUUUGUAUGCGCUUGUAGGAAACUAUCAAAAGUUAAUUUUGGCAAUCGCCAAUGGAGAAAAACUAUAUUAAUACGUCAUUCUGUAUAUGUAAUCAAGUCAGCAAUGUUAGGAAAUUUAUAUGCAGCCAAAGUCAUUCCUAAAUAGUAUAGUAUGAUAAAAGUUACCCUUUCCGCAAUGUGCAGACAUAAAUCGCAUGUAAUCUGGUGAGGAAUUCCAAUGUAUAUAUCCCCGGGCGUCUUUGAUGAUGAAAUAUUUAUAUAA